UUGCACAUCCCCUUUGUGGGGAGGCUCCGGCCGUGGGAGUACUUCUACCUCGUCUCCUCCUUUCUGUUGAUCGCCCUCGAAAGCUUCGUUCGCAUCGUCACGCUCGCUUUGCCGGGUCCUAUCAUCCACUUAUUCUACCGCGCAUCGCGCCGAUCGUUCAACUAUCUCUCUUCGCCGCAAGGGAAGCAGUCGCGAAACAAGAAGAAAGGCCUCGUCACCUCGAUCGCACAAGCCUCGGACUUUGUCGAGCUGGCAGAGCUCUUCGGAUACUAUGCGGAAGAACAUAUUGUGCAGACGGGAGAUGGAUACCUCCUUGGUCUUCACAGACUUGGCUGGAGAAGGGGAGAAGAAGACAAGAGGGUGAACAGCGGCCCGAACAGCAUCAAGAAACGAGUCGUCUAUCUGCACCAUGGUCUGAUGAUGAACAGCGAUGUCUGGGUGUGCCUGACGGAGAAGGAGCGCUCUCUGCCUUUCCUCCUGGUAGAGCGUGGGUACGAUGUCUGGCUGGGCAACAACCGGGGUAACAAGUACUCCAAAAAGUCGACAAGAUAUGCCCCAACGGAUCCGGACUUCUGGAAUUUCUCCAUCGACCAGUUCGCGUUUCAUGAUAUCCCGGACAGCAUCGAUUACGUCCUCUCUACUACCGGCCAACCGUCUCUAUCGUACAUUGGAUUUUCCCAAGGAACUGCCCAAGCCUUCGCCGCUCUAUCGAUUCACCCGACUCUGAAUGACAAAGUGGAGGUGUUCAUCGCGCUAGCCCCAGCAAUGUCUCCCAAAGGAAUGAACAGCGGUGUUGUUGACACUUUCGUGAAAACAUCACCUGACGUUCUUUUCUUGGCCUUCGGAAGGCGCGCCAUUCUGAGUAGCGCAACCAUGUGGCAGGCUCUGCUUUAUCCACCAAUCUUCGUUCGAUUUAUUGACAUCUCGCUGUCUUUCCUCUUUGGAUGGAAGGCCAAGAACAUUGCUACUCAUCAGAAAAUGGCCGCGUACCCCCACCUGUACUCAUUUAGUAGUACCAAGAGCGUGGUCCAUUGGUUCCAGAUCAUCCGGAAUGGCAAGUUUCAAAUGUACGAUGACGAAGUCCAGUCGCCUUUCAGCAUUUCGACCGACUCGAAAUAUUACAAAGUCGCCAAGUUCCCGACACGCAAUAUCAAAACGCCAAUCGUGCUGGUGUACGGCGGCAGCGAUAGCUUGGUAGAUAUCAACGUUAUGUUGAAGGAAUUGCCAAAGCAUACAACCGCCAAAGAGAUACCGCACUAUGAACAUCUGGACUUUCUAUGGGCCUCUGACGUUGACAAGCUGGUCUUCCCUCAUGUCUUUGAAGCACUAGAAAAACACGCUGCCCAUGGGAGCAGCCAGAAAAUUGGUCUAUAUCAGACUCCCGAUGUUGCGACUGGGGCCUUCAAGGAUCUGCCGUCGCCAUCGUCGGAUGAUAGCCCUGGCAGCAGCCGUUCUGCGCUGAAGAUUUCCGAAAACGUUCCCGCCGAGACCAAAACGCGAAUUCAGAUUGAACAGGGUCAAGCUGAAAGUUACGCCGACACUGCCAAGCGUUCGCCCAAACUUUCUUCCCCCAAAUCUCCUGAGCCCAAGUUCCUCGGUUCACCUGCUCCGAUUCGCACGCCAAAGUCACGCAUCCCCUCUGCCACUGCCUGGGCGGAGCGGCCACAAUCCUCGCACGAGUCGCAGUCUCAUGCCUCCCACAAGAGCACUACUACAUCUCGGCCUGAAGGCUGGUGGAGCUCGGACGAAGUUGCUGGCACAGACUCGAGUCCGAUUGGAAAACGGAGUCCGAGAAGCCCCAGCGUCAGCAGCCAGCAGAGUAAAGAUAGCAAGUCCGAGGCCAAAUUUGGAACAAAGGGGAUCACCAUCGGUGCUGGGAGGGUAGUGAGUGGACUGGUUGGAGGAGAAGCAUUCGGG